CUCGCUGGACUCGCCGUUCCAGGUUUUCUGCAUUAGUACCUUGUCUGCGAUACACAAGCCCAUCCCCCAAGUCAUGCCAUGCUGAGACUUCCAAAUAGCACUGUUAUCAAACAGAAAUCAGAGAUAACUCGUUGUGUCUGUUAUGUCUAUGUCACUGAUAACAGCUGGGUCAAACAAUGCGUGGCCCUGAACCAAUGGAUGCCAAACACGACCAAUUCCUCGGUGUGCGGGGUUGUUAGCUACAAACACACCUCCACAGGGAUAAGAAAAUUCCAUUGCCAAUUAUCACUCACCACGUUCGAGGUGGAACGAGAGAAUCAGGACUACAUAUAGGUUGGAAACAAACAUCAUGAGGUUCAUCUUCACCGGUUCCUUGUUUCGAUAUUCCCGCCGACUCUGACUACUUCAUAUCCGCUUCUAAGAAACCACCCUGUGCAGCCAAGAUGAAUAGCCCGACUCAUAUCAUCGACCCUGAUGGGGAGGCAAUCAUAGUCUUGCGCAAUCCGAAUUCUUCAUUUGCAGAGACAGGUGCACGGGAAAUAACGCAGAGUCCCUCUCCUCCCUCGACCGAGGCGGAUAGUAUGGGAAGUAUCGCUGGAGUUAUUCGAAAUGGUAAUGCCGAAUCACAUUUGCAGAAGCCAACUGUGAACCCGCCACAGGUAGAGGGGGCCGCCGACGAAUUGACUCCUGCCGAGGAGCCUCCAUUGCGAACUGUGCCUGAAGAAGCUGUGCCUGAAGAAGCUGUGCCUGAAGAAGCUGGGCCUGAAGAACUGCCUGCGCCUUUCGAGGAUCCUGUCGAAAUGGACCAUGCUGUGAAUGAGUCUAUUCUCGAGAACCCACUACACGCUGAUAUCGAUGACAAACCCGCUGAACCGUGCUUUCGCAUUCAAGUCUCUGCCAAGCAUCUGAUUCUAGCCUCUUCUGUCUUCAAAAGGAUUUUGACGGGCGGUUGGAAGGAAAGCGUCCAAUAUCUAAAACAAGGCUCUGUGGAGAUCGAGGCAGAGAGUUGGGAUCUCGAAGCUCUCCUGAUCGUCCUUCGCGUAAUUCACUGUCAAUUCUCUCAUAUACCGCAGAAGCUGGACCUAGAGAUGCUUGCAAAAGUGGCUGUUAUCACUGAUUAUUAUGAAUGCAAGGAAGCUAUCAAUCUGCCUGCCAGCAUUUGGAUCCCCGCACUAGCUGAACCUAUCCCUACACCAUCCUCCAGGGACCUGACUCUCUGGAUCUGGGUUUCGUGCUUUUUUCAAGUUCCCGGGUGGUUCAAUCAAGCGACCUCAACUGCCAUCUCGUGCAGCACCGAUCGGAUCAGUAAUCUUGGUCUUCCGAUUCCGACUUCUCUUAUGAAAUCAAUAAAUGACCGCAGAGAGACAGCUAUUGGUGCAUUUAUUCACGAACUUCAUACAAUGCGUGAUGAGUAUCUCCACGACAUACGGGGUUGCAGUUAUGAAUGCAGGUGUAUCAUGUACGGAGCUUUGAGCAAGAAUUUGCAGUCUAAUUCUCUGCUUCAAUUGCCGGUGCCGCCUUUCUCAAGCUUCAGCUACAGACGUCUGAUCAGCGAUGCAAAAUCUUGGAUUUGUCCAGAUUUAGUUGAACGAUCGUCGUUUUAUAGAGACAAUCACAGCUACAGCUGUCAGCAGUCUUCAUUCCAGCAUCUGUUCUCCGGGCAUCGAGAUACAAUUGAUGGUCUCGAACUGAAUGAUUAUGUUUGUGACAAGACCAAGACCGGUUGAUUGCAAAAGGAAGGCGAAGAAUGAGCGCAAUGGUGGGGAAAUCAUUCGACCGAGAUAAUCUUGUUGAGCUGAAGAGCGGUGCUGCCAAUGCAUGAAGGCUUCUUGGAGGCAUAGAGUAUUCUGUCCAUAUUCAGUCACGAUUGUGAUGCUUCUUUAACUGUCAUUACAUACAUUUCUCG